UUUUCCAAACCCCUCAAAUUCUCAUUUUCUUCAACCAAAAAGGAAAAAAAUUAUUCCAACCAAAAAUAUCAAAAAAUACUAUUUUAUUUUUCUUUUAUUGUUGUUCUUCGUUAUGGAUUUUCCUGAGAUUAAUAUAAUUAGUGAUUUUGAAGUUGGAGUUAAAUGUUUACAUAAUCCUUCAUUAGUUCCUCGAUUUUUUUCAUUAGAAAAAAUCCCACAAGCUUAUAAUAUUUGGAAAUAUGGUGCUUUAUUUAUCGCAAUUUUAGCUACAUUUAGCAGCUUAAUUCGUAGAAUUAAACUAUUAUUUAUCUACAUUCGUAGAAUUAAACCUUCAGCUGAACCCCUGCUGCAGUAUUUAGGGGAAGAUUACGACUUAUCUGACGAUGAUGAAGGCGAUGAACUUGUUGAUCAAUGUUCCACAUCGGAAUGGUUGUCAGAAGAACCUGACAACGAUGAUGAUUUCGAGGAUCUAGUUGUGUCUGGUUCGAGUUAUUAUUUCAGAGAGAAAGGAGAAAAUGGUCAUUUGAGAUCUCGACAUCGGAGAAGCAGCUUAGAAAAGUUCACCUGGCAAUGCAUCAAUGGAAACAAUGUUGUUAAACUAUGGGAUAGUUUAGCUUUAGGAUUAGAUUAUGAAUAUGAUGACUUAUCGAAAAGUGUUGUUACUUUAUGGGAUAUGAAUCAGGAGGAGAAAAUCGGAAACUUAUUUAGUUCGUCGAAAUGUGAAGAUCUUAAUGUUGCAAUGUCGUCGCCGGGGGUUAUUGUGUCAUCGGAGUUUCAGAAUAACAACAACAACAACAACAACGUUUGUGGAGUGUUUGGUGCGUUCGAUACGAGGAUGAGAAAUCGGUCGUCGGUAGUAUCAGCUAAUUGGUCUGCCGGGAAAGUCAUCGGAGUUGAUGACUCCGGGACCGGGAAUGUCUAUAUGAGGCAUAAAGAUGACGGAGUUUUAACGGUGGGAGAUAUGAGAAACGUUAAGUCGCCGUUAGAGUUAACGGAGAUUGACGGCGAUGACACGUGGUGGGAUGCGGAUGCCGUUAUUGUCGAGGAGAAGUUUGAAGGUUCAAAAAAUUGAAUAAGUCAAAAAGGGUAAAAUCGUCAUUUGACUCAGUAAUCUAGAAAGGGUAAAAUCGUCAGUGAACAACUGAGUUCUUUUUUUCUUUUUAAUCUCUGUAUAUAAUUAUUUGCAACAAUAAUUAUUGGUAAUUAAUUAUGAUAAAUUAAUGUUUGGUCUA